AUGGCGUCUUCAAAUGAUGUUUUACAAAGUGCGAUGAAAUCAGCGUCGUAUAAUGUCCUCCUACAAAUUUCACUGCGGGUUGUUACUUUUCUUAUGAAUGCUUUCAUUUUGAGGUUUAUAUCUCGUGAAACCCUUGGCCUUGUGAACGUCAGAUUGACCUUGCUUUAUACGACUAUUUUAUUCUUGGCUCGGGAAGCGUUCAGGAAAACGUGUUUGAGUCAUUCUGCAAAAAGCAAGGAAACAAAAUGGGAUCAAAUUAUUAACCUUGUAUGGCUUACCGUGCCUUUGGGAGUUCUUGCCUCUAUUAUUUUUGGAUUUAUUUGGUUGAACUGGCUGGAAACGCCGCCAGUUGGGCUAGCUAAAGAUUAUUCUAUCAGUGUUUUGUGUUUUGCAUUUUGUGCUGUACUGGAAUUAAUGGCUGAACCUCUUUGGAUUGUGUUUCAAUGCCAUUUGUUUGUACGUCUCAAAGUGGUAAUUGAAGGCUUAGCUGUGCUGUUCCGUUGUAUAACAGCAGUCCUACUUGUGUAUUUCAUUCCAUCAUUGGGCCUCCUUGCAUUCUGCUUUGCUCAGCUUAUGCAGUCAUUAACAUAUUUUUUACUGUACUAUGUUUACUUUUCUCACUUCAUUGCUGUUAAUACACCAAAAAAUGACAAAGAAUUUCCAUUACAAACAUUUAACCACAUUUUGCCCACACGUCAAUCAGUGAAUAAUCCAUUGGUGAAUUUUGAAUUGCUCUCAUUGACCUGGAGUUUUUUCAAGCAAUCUUUACUGAAGCAAAUCCUUACUGAAGGGGAACGAUAUGUAAUGACUUUUUUCAAUGCAUUAACCCUUGCCCAGCAAGGUGUUUAUGAUGUGAUCAAUAACCUUGGAUCACUAGCAGCGAGAUUUAUAUUCCUCCCUGUGGAAGAGAGUUAUUAUCUAUUUUUCAGUCAGACACUGGUCCGAGAUAAACCUGCAUCUAAGCAACCCCAAGAAAAUUUGUAUCUUGCAGCAGUCACUUUGGAGUCUGUAUUGAAAUUUGUUUUGUUGAUUGGGAUGACAAUUGUCAUAUUUGGUUAUUCAUAUUCAUUACUUGCCUUGGAUAUUUAUGGAGGCUCAAUUUUGAGUUUAGGAGAAGGUAUGAACAUCACAAUUAUAUAAAGACUGGACUAAUGUAAUGAGAAUAACAAAAUAGAGUGCAAAAGGUGCAUUGUGGAUAAGGUAUAUUGUGGCUAAAUCAUUAAAUGGGUUAUGAAAAUAUAAAUGUCCAAUGCAUAUUAACCCCCCCCCCCCCAAUUCAGACCAUUUGGAUACACUGUAGAGUUGAGUAAAUUAUGGGUCAAUGGAAAACCAUUAUUUUUAAAUAAUAUCUUAAAAGAGAUGUAUAUACAGAAUUUCUUAAGGAUUAUAAUAUUAUGUAUUAAUUAAACACCUCUCUGUAUUAGGCUCUGAAUUGGGUCGUUCCAGAAAAGAUCCAUACUCCCCCCACGGAGGAAAUUUCUGCCGUCCAGAGGGGGAGGGGAGAAAAAAAAUUGUUUCUGAUAAUAGUAAAUGUAUUAGGACAUCCAAAGGGGUAGGGUGGUUAACUUCCUAUUUCCUUCGUGGGGGUGGUAUGGAUGUUUUCUGGAAUGACCCAUUUCUUAAGAAUUUUGAUACAUGUUCUUAAUAAAAGAGAAUUGAUUAUAAAUACAUUUUCAGGUCCAACACAAUUAAGGUGGCAUUGUUUCUACAUACUUAUAAUUGCUGUGAAUGGGAUAACAGAAUGCUUUAUGUUUGCAACCAUGAGUCAAACAGCUGUUGAUAAAUACAAUCAAAAGAUGGUGGUAUUUUCAAUCAUUUUUCUCUUGUCAUCAUGGUUUCUUACACACUUUGGAGCUGUUGGUUUUAUUUUUGCAAACUGUUUGAAUAUGAUACUACGAAUAAUUCACAGGUUGGUUUCUUUCUUGUUUAAUUUAUUAUAUCAUUGACAGUAUUGCUAUCAGUGGCGGACACUGGGGGGGGGGGGGCGGGCAGGGGCGGGCUCCCCAAUAAUUUUGAAAGACUGUAAAAAUCUUGUAUCACACUCAUAUAAUGUAAUUGUCAUAUUAAAUAAUAACUAUUUGAUAAAACUUAAGCUAAAAAACUAUGCAAUAUACCAAACAAUAUACUAAUAUAUUUUUUUCUGUACUGUACAUGUCACAACAUACACAUUUUAUACAUUAUUUUUGAUGAACACUAGGGGGUCAACUUUUUGCAACAGACACUUCUUUUAAAUGUCAUUGUCGAUUUUUUGUUGUUUUUGAAGCUUAUACUAUUGUUUAGCGGUGAAAUUUCCUGCUCCAUGAUAAUAUUUGAAUGCGUAUUAUUAAACUAUUAUGCUGAAAAACAAUGGAUUAUGGAUAAUUCAAUUGACAUUCCAAUUUGUGAUUUUAUGUUAACGAAACAAAAGCGUGCACAGCAAAUAGAUUUCAUGGAUCCAGAUUUCUGGGAUCCAAAUUUUAAAAAUUUUCCGGGGGUCAUGCUCCGAACCCCCCUGGAAUUCUUGUGCCUUUGAGCCCCCCCCCCCCAACAUUUCAUAGAUUUUUUGUUGUUUUUGAAGCUUAUACUAUUGAUUAGUGUCGAAAUUUCCUGCUGCACAAUAAUAUUUCAAUUAACAUUCCAAUUUUAUGUUAACAAAAACAAAAUGUGCGCAGCGAUUAAAGUCACUUAGCGAAUAAAUUUUAAUUUUUACAUUGUCAUUGGCGUGUUAAUUAAAUUAAACCACCUCUCAAUUCCAUUCACAAGUGUAAAUAUUUUCUCUGAAAUGUUGGUUUUCUAUGCUUAGCAUGUGAUUUAUAACAAAACGCACCAUUAAAACAGUGUUUUGAAAAUCUAGUUUUUUACAAAAUGUGUUCUCAGAAUGCUGGAAAUGCCAUUUCCGGGGUAGAAAUUUUACCUAAUCAAUGUUGUGUAUGACAUCCAAACCAAAAAUUUUACUUUAAUUUAUUUACUUUAAAGAUAGGGUACAGUACAAGUCCGGUCUGCGCAUGCUCACAUAGGAGUCUCCUGCUGUGAUAUAAACACUUUAAUUAGUUUCUUGCAAAGCCUGAUUGUUGUAUCUUGAUCAUUUAUUAUGUCUAUUAUAUUGUAGAAGCAUGAAAAUAUAAAUAGUUGUCGAAUAAACAAGGCUUUGUUUACAUAUGGACUGUACCCUACCUUUAAUUUUUACUAUAAAAGACCCCUAAGUCUGAGAUUUGUAAUGCAUCAUUCCAAAGUCCCAAACUGAAACAAACGUGUGUCAACUAUGAAAAAGCUUUAUAGCUGUUCUACUCUGCUUUCGUAUUUAUAUACGAAAACAGAGUAGAACACCACACAUUCUCUUUUAGUUCUAAUAAUCAGCUGAGUUGUUGAGGAGCUCACAUCUUGUGGGUUGUACCAGUCCUAGACCAAUGCUCAUUCUCAUAUUUUAUUUGAUAGGCAUGAUUGAAUAAAUAACUUCUUGCAGCAAUAUGUUGUUCAUGUUAAUUCUUUCCAAUAUAAAUAUACAGUUUGUCAUCAAAGUCUUUGCAUAUCUGUGACGUCGCAUCGCUUUACUUAAUAAGCUGGCUCUAGGCUUUACUAAGUUAAAGCGCUUAUCCGUAUAUAGACAGAUCAAUGAGAUAAAGUCUAAGAAUUUAUUUCAAUAUUUCUCAUAUGCAUAUCAGUAAAUAAAGAUUAACUGUUCUUGGAUGGUCAUGGUUAGCCAGAAGGUUCUCGUAUCGUCCACCCUAUUGUUCUUGCUCGAAUAGUGAGAUUUGUCUAAAUCAACGGGUUAGUGAGGUUCAGAUUUGACUGUACCGCUACAAUUAAGGGACCAUUAGCCAAUCAGAUGCGUUUGAUAUAUCCGAUCAACCAAUCAAUAGUGGAAGUAAAAUAUGAACCUCUAUAAUAAUGGGGCGGAAGAUACGAGAACCUCUGGCAACCAGGGUAGGUGAGCCAAUAAAGAAAAUGUACGGACAUAAUGAAACAAAUCAUGUAAAUAAUUAACUGCAAAAUACGUUACUCCACAGUUUCAAUGCAAUGAUCAUUGUCCGUGAUAUACUGUACACUGAAAAAAAAUAUCGUGUAUAUAUAUAUAUAUAUAUAUAUAACAUAUAUAUAUAGCAACAUAUACCAUUUUUAAGAUUAAAUAAAUAAUAUAUAUAUAUAUAUAUAUAUUAAUACCGUACAGACAGUUAUGCUAAAACCGUUUCUGUUUAUUUUUACUUUUAGUAUAAUUUAUAUCAAAGAAUAUUUUCACGAUACCAAACUAACACCAUUACAAGGACUUCUACCAUCUAAACCAGUGAUCGUGGCUUAUGUCCUGGCGUAUAUUCUAACAUCAAGCUCAGAAGCAAUGUUUUGUUGUUCGUAUGGAUGGUUUUGGCGAGUGUGUCACAUAGCGAAUGGUGGGUUGUGCCUCUCAGCCGUUGCUUUGACAAUAUACUUAACUGAAGAAAAUCUUUUGCAAUUUGUAAAGAAACAACUAUUUCCUAAACUUCGCACGAAAAUGGAAUAAUAAAAGUUAUCUUGGUUUGGUGACUUUCUCACAGUCAGCCGUUUGUGUUUACUAGCCAAUGUUCAAACAAUUUGACUGAAGAAAUUCUUGUACACUUUGUAAAUACACAAUUAGAUAGAUUUUACCU